GGGAGGCACAAGGGAAUGGAGUAUUUCAACAAAGCCAAGGCCGUGAAGCUACGGAGCCACCUCGGGAAGUACCUAGUGGCCGACGACGACCACCAGAAACUCCGUCAGAGCAGAAACGGGUCAACCGGAAAGGCAAUAUGGUUGGUGGAGGAAGUGAAGGGGAAGAGCCACCACGUGCGUCUGAGGAACUGGAACGGGCGUUACCUAACGGCGACGGACGCGCCCUUUCUGUUAGGCGUGACGGGGAAGAAGGUGGUGCAGGGGAGUUUGGAGGAGGGUUGGGAUGGGAAAUUGGAAUGGGAACCCAUAACGGAAGGGUUCCAGGUGAGACUGAGAAGCUGGUGCGGGAAGUACCUUAGAGGGAACGGUGGAACGUUACCGUGGAGAAACUCGAUCACGCACGAUGACCCUUAUAGUUCCGUUACUCACGAUUGGAUCUUGUGGGGUGUGGAGCCUCUGGAGUUUCCCGACAAACUGCUUUCUUUGCCGGAGACUCGCUUUUCGUCGGAAGAACCGGCUUCGCCCACGUCGCUUUCGUCACUGUCGCAGUCAACUUUCUAUUUUCUUUUAUAUAUAUACCCUAAGCCCAAAUCAAAGCCAACUCAACAAAGUCACUUGCAUUUCAUCUGUGAUCCAAAUCAAUCAAACAAACACCAGUCAGUCAACCACCCUGUUCCUCGGAUACAUAGUACAAAAUCGAAAAUUUCGAUUAACCCGUCGACUAUUGCUAUGCAGAGCACAAGUUCCGACAGCGUGUUCCGCUCCGGCAUGGAGUUCUUCCACCGCGCGAAGGUGGUGCGGCUGCGCAGCCACCACGACAAGUACCUCCUGGCGGAGGAUGACGAGGAGUCGGUGACCCAGGACCGAAACGGAUCCUCCAAGAACUCCAAGUGGACGGUGGAGCUCAUUCCGGAGUUCGACAACCUCUUGCGGCUCAAGAGCUGUUACGGCAAGUAUCUAACGGCGUCGAACCAGCCGUUGCUGCUGGGUGUGACGGGGCGCAAGGUGGUGCAGAGCAUGCCGCGGCGGCUGGACUCCUCCGUGGAGUGGGAGCCUGUGAGGGAGGGCGCGCAGGUGAAGCUGAAGACCCGUUAUGGGAACUUUCUGAGGGCCAAUGGGGGCCUCCCACCUUGGAGGAACUCUGUGACGCAUGAUAUCCCUCAUAGGACCGCCACACAGGAUUGGAUCUUGUGGGAUGUUGAUGUGUUGGAGAUCCACGUCGUGUCUCCUGCUCCUCCUCCUAUUCCUCACUCCGAUUCCCUCGAUUUCGAUUCCUCUACUCCCUCUGCUAUUUCCAUCAAAUCCACUACUUUCUCCAGACAAGAGUCAACGGAUUCAAAUGUGGGUUCGCCACCAAAGUUGGAGGGGAGGACUAUAUACUACCAUGUUGCAGAGGAUAAUGGGGACGUGGAUGAUGAGAAUGUGCAGGGUUAUUCUUUGGUUUUCAAAGGGAAUGGGGUUGAGCAAUUGACUCGGAAGUUUGAGGAAGAAACGGGGCUUCAGGGAGUUAUUGUGUGUACUCGAAGUCCUUUGAAUGGAAAACUCUACCCUCUUCGCUUGCAGCUUCCUCCAAACAAUGUCACCAUGCAAGUUGUUUUGGUUCUUCCCUCGUCUAAAGUGGCAAAAGACUUUGAGGAGCAAGGUCUACUUUGACAAGCUAGAUUAUUGUUGGAGUCUUGAAUCUGCUGAAAUGCAAGGCCUAUUUACGUUGUGAUCCAAAGCCUGUUUCAAAUUUUAUAUGAUAACAUUUAAGAAUUUGUUGCAAAACUUCACCUAUUUCAAGUGAUUCCCUGGCAUUCAUAAGGAAGAAUUGGUGGAGGUCAAAUUGUACCUUAAAGUAUUUUGGUAAGGCUCAUGUCAGCAAUAUCCACUCUUAAGUGGUGUCCAAUACUAUGUAUGUAGAAUGUAGACGAUUCUUAUGCAGAUGGAAGCCUUUGUUGGGCUUGUUAUUUGUUAGUGCUAGCUUUAAUCUGAGUUUAUUAAUGUGGAUUCAUAUAUUUUGUUGUAUCUAUUUUUUUGGUAUUUUUCUUUUUUUUUCAUGUUUUUUAAGCCACUUGUAUAGACACUGUCAGCAAAGUAGAUAUAAAUUAUUUUUAGUCAUA